GUACUCCCAUCUAAUGGGAGCAUACAUGAAAGAUACAUGUGAGGAGCCACAAGACAUAGACAUACAUGUCCGUUACUAUAUGGUUGGGGGCCGCACAGAAUAGUAUUAAGGAACGCAUGUGGCCCCUGGGCGGCAGGCUGUGCACCCCUGCUCUAAGUCUAUGCAGAGGAUUUAGAGCUUUGUAUCUACCACGAGACGUUAUCAGCAAAUCCUGUAAGUUUCUCGGUUCAGCCUCCUUGGAUCCCGCAGAUGACGAACAGAUUGAGAUCCAGUGAAUCUGGAGACAAGUCAUCACCUUGAUCUCUGUCAUGUUUCUCAUUCCUGGACAGUAUUUGCAGUGUGGUCAGGGCCUUCUUCACUGAAAGAGGCCACUGCUAUUAGGGAGCACCGCUGCCAUGAAGGGGGGGUUCUUGUCUGUGCAAUGGUUAGGUAGGUGGUUCAUAUCAUCCACAUGCCAGGACUCAAGGUUUCCAGCAGAACAUUGUCCAGAGCUUCACAUUGCCUCCAUUGGCUUGUCUUCCUCAAAUAGGGCACCUGGUGCCAUCACUUCCCCGGAUAAGUGAUGCAUACACACCCAUCCGUCCACAUGAUGUAAUGUGAUAAAUCAGACAAGGCCGUCUUCUUCCCAUAGCGCACCUGGUGCCAUCGCUUCCCCAGGUAAGAGACGCACACGCACCUGGCCUUCCACGUGAUGUAACCUGAUUCUGAGACCAAGCCACCUCAUUGCUACAUGGUCCAGUUCCAGGGGGUGGACAGGGGUUAGCAUGGGCACUGGGGUAAGCUGUGAUGUCCCCUGUGUCCUGACACCUUUCUAUCACAGAAAGCAGGAAAGUUGUCAGCAAUUUGUGCAGUAAAUUGUGGGACCGGACCAGACAGGCAAGCCUUCAUUCCCCACACACUUCAAUGAGCCGUGGCUGCCCAUGACCCUAUAACAGGUUGUCCUUUCUUGGACCACUUUUGGUAGGUACUAACCACUGCAUAUGGGGAACAGCCCACAAGGCCAGCCAUGGAGAUCCUUAGACAAUAUUCUUCCCUCAAAUGUUUUGAGGUCGCUGCUUCUAUAAAAUUGCUUGCGUAAAGUUUUUUAUCCUCGUCCUCCAUUCAUUUUGCCAUCUGAACCCUGAUGAGAUGAUGGCUGGGAGCUGUCACAUGAGAGACGUCUUCGAAUGCAGAGAGGUUACCAGCCUUGUGACAUCUUCCGUUCCUCUCCCUUGUCACGGUCUAUUUAUAUCGCAGCUUUGGCUCCGGGAGGCUUCCAUAUCUGGAGCAAGAGAGGAAAAGGCAGAUCCAACAGGCCCCAAAUGAAGCGACACCCGCAGCAGAGGUACAUGAGGAGUAAUGCAGCAGAGGUACAUGAGGAGUAUUGCAGCAGAGGUACAUGAGGAGUAUUGCAGCAGAGGUACAUGAGGAGUAAUGCAGCAGAGGUACAUGAGGGGUAAUGCAGCAGAGGUACAUGAGGAGUAAUGCAGCACAGUUCACGACUUCGGAUCAUCUCAGCCUAGAAGUAAUUUUGAGCUGGUUGAAAUCUUUACCUUUCGAAACGUAACUAUUGUCCGACUCCACCAUUUCUAAUCAUGGAGAUGGACUUUGAUAUCAGAAGCAAACACCAACAUAGCAAUAAACUAUUGGAACAUAUCAACAGGAUGCGUGCUUCAGCGGAGCUCAUUGACAUAGUCCUGGUUGCUGAGGGACAGAAAUUUCCAUGUCAUCGGGUGGUGUUGGCGUCAUUUAGUCCAUAUUUUAAGGCCAUGUUCACAUGUGGUUUGGUGGAAUGUAACCAAACGGAAGUGACUCUCCAUGACAUCACUGCUGAAAGUGUCUCAAUCAUCUUGGAAUACAUGUACACGUCACAACUCUCUAUCAACAACCAAACCGUCCAAGGAGUGGCCACCGCUGCCUAUUUCAUGCAGGUGGAUGAUGUCUUCAAGAUGUGCCAGGCUUACAUGAUGGACCAUAUGGAUGCAUCAAACUGCAUUGGGAUCUUCUACUUUGCCAAGCAAAUAAGUGCAGAUGACUUAGAAGAAAGGUCCAAGAAAUACUUACAUCAACACUUUAGUGAGGUUGGCCUCCAUGAGGAGAUACUAGAAGUUGAUUUUCAGCAGUUGAUGGCAAUGAUCAUGUCCGAUGACCUCAAUGUUUCUCGAGAAGAGAGCAUCCUAGACCUAGUUCUAAGAUGGGUGAACUAUGACAAGAAUUUAAGAUCCCAACACCUUAUUGAUCUCUUGAAACAAGUCAGAUUACUUCUUGUGAGCCCAUCUUUCCUUCGAGAAGCUAGGAAGAGGAACACCAUCCUCUUGUGUAAUGCCCAGUGCUACGACAUGGUUGAACAGGCCCUAGAAACCAUUGAGAAAUCUACUCAAGUCUCUCUAAGUCUCCGUUAUGGAAUGGAGACCACAAAUCUUCUCCUCUGUCUUGGCAAUAACGCCUCAGGCAUCAGGUCAAAAUAUGGAAGUUAUGGAGAUGCCAGUUUCUGCUAUGCUCCUGCAACAGGGAAAAUGUGUUAUAUGCCAUCUCCAAAACAAGGAGAGGUGCUGGGCUCGGUGUUGACGGGUGUGGUGACUGAAAACAAUGAUAUCAUAUUGGCUGGUGAAGCAACGGCUGUGAGGUUGUCCAGGCAAAAGAAUAGCUGUAUAGAGAUCUGCAGGUACCACAACCGAGGCAACUACUGCUGGGAAAAGCUUUGCACCGCCGAGCACCGGGAGCUGUAUGCUUUGGGCGGUGUUCAAAAUGAACUCUACCUGAUUGGAGGUCAAAUGAAGCUGAAAAACCAAUAUGUCGUUACCAACUGUGUGGAAAAAUACCUGGCAGAUAAGGACACCUGGAGGAGCGUGGCACCGCUACCCCUUCCGUUGGCUUGCCAUAAAGUGGUUACUCUCAACAAUAAGCUCUAUGUGAUGGGUGGAUGGACACCACAGAUGGAUCGCCCAGAUGAUGAACCCGAUCGAUUGAGUAACAGAAUGUUGCAGUACGACCCAGUCACUGAUAAAUGGAAACCGCUGGCGCCAAUGAACUAUUCCAAGUAUCGAUUCAGCGUCGCUGUGGUUAAUGGUGAAAUCUUUGUCUUGGGUGGCAUCGGCUGCUUUGGACCCGACAAAGGACAGGCCCGAAAGUCUCUUGAUGCGGUGGAGAUUUAUAACGUGGAUGGGGAUUUCUGGAGAGAAGGUCCGGCUAUGCCUUACCCGCUCCUCGGCCUGAGAAGUAACGGCAGCAGUGCCGGAGCCGUGGAUGGGAAGCUGUAUGUUUGCGGAGGGUUUCGUGGAGGAGAUCGACACGAGGUGAUCACAAAGGAGAUUCUGGAGCUUGACCCAUGGGAAAACCAAUGGAACACAGUCUGCACCCGGGCCCCCAUGCAUGACUCCUAUGAUGUCUGUCUGGUUGCGACACUGAACCCCCGAGACCUGCUCCCUCCUCCACGGGACCUACUGGAGAGUAGGAGGGGAUGCCAGCUACCUCCUCCCUGACAGAUGAGAAGACAGCUACCUCCUCCCUGACAGAGGAGAAGACAGCUACCUCCUCCCUGACAGAUGAGAAGACAGCUACCUCCUCCCUGACAGAUGAGAAGACAGCUACCUCCUCCCUGACAGAUGAGAAGACAGCUACCUCCUCCCUGACAGAUGAGAAGACAGCUACCUCCUCCCUCACAUAUGAGAAGACAGCUACCUCCUCCCUCACAAAUGAGAAGACAGCUACCUCCUCUCUGACAGAUGAGAAGACAGCUACCUCCUCCCUGACAGAUGAGAAGACAGCUACCUCCUCCCUGACAGAGGAGAAGACAGCUACCUCCUCCCUGACAGAUGAGAAGACAGCUACCUCCUCCCUGACAGAUGAGAAGACAGCUACCUCCUCCCUGACAGAUGAGAAGACAGCUACCUCCUCCCUGACAGAUGAGAAGACAGCUACCUCCUCCCUGACAGAUGAGAAGACAGCUACCUCCUCCCUCACAUAUGAGAAGACAGCUACCUCCUCCCUCACAAAUGAGAAGACAGCUACCUCCUCCCUGACAGAUGAGAAGACAGCUACCUCCUCCCUGACAGAUGAGAAGACAGCUACCUCCUCCCUGACAGAUGAGAAGACAGCUACCUCCUCCCUCACAGAUGAGAAGACAGCUACCUCCUCCCUCACAGAUGAGAAGACAGCUACCUCCUCCCUGACAGAUGAGCAGACAGCUACCUCCUCCCUGACAGAUGAGAAGACAGCUACCUCCUCCCUGACAGAUGAGCAGACAGCUACCUCCUCCCUGACAGAUGAGAAGACAGCUACCUCCUCCCUGACAGAUGAGAAGACAGCUACCUCCUCCCUGACAGAUGAGAAGACAGCUACCUCCUCCCUGACAGAUGAGAAGACAGCUACCUCCUCCCUGACAGAUGAGAAGACAGCUACCUCCUCCCUGACAGAUGAGAAGACAGCUACCUCCUCCCUGACAGAUGAGAAGACAGCUACCUCCUCCCUGACAGAUGAGAAGACAGCUACCUCCUCCCUGACAGAUGAGAAGACAGCUACCUCCUCCCUCACAUAUGAGAAGACAGCUACUUCCUCUCUCACUUAUGUCCCUAUGAAAUGACACUGUUACCCAAGUCUAGAGCCAAAUUUCUGCAACCAGAAGCUUCUUUCUCUGCCGCUCUAGCCCCCUUCUUCUGCCGCGGUCCUUCUGGAUUAGGUCUUGGCUCUCCUACUCUGUCUGCAUGGCAGCCUCACAUUGCAAAUGCACCCAAAGAUGAUGGUGGGCCUGGUGGCAUAUUUAAAGGGGCAUCAUCCUGCCCUGUCUUCCUGUGCUAUUGUUCCUGGUUCUCCUGAUCCUGACCUCAGCUUAGUUUCUGGACAUGGCUUCUGCCUCACCAUUGCGUCUAUCUGCCUAGUACUUGUUCUUCUACUCCAAGCCCUGACCCUUAGCUUUAUUCCUUGUCCAGGCUCCUGUCUCAUCCUUGAGUCUGUUGCAUCCUGACCACUCUCCUUGUAACAACCCUUGGCUCUGUUCCCGACUACAGCCUGAGCACUACUAAUACCAAGGCAUAACUAUUUUGGAGCGGCGACCUUCAGGAUCUUCCUGUAGCUAAAUCCAUACCUCCUUGUGGGGCUUGUCUCAUUUUAUUGAUAGAGAUGUGGAUAUCAUUCUUCAGAAGUCAAGAUGGUCCCCAUUGUCUUCAGCUCUCGGACAACGCCUUAUUUAUUCAAGUUGGAAGCAAAGCACAAAGGGUUUGCCUAUCUAAGAGGACUCUCCUCACUGAUGUGUCGUGUAUG